AUGUCCGUCACCGCACCCACCACCGCCGCUCCCGUCUCGGCCCAGAAGACCAACUAUGUCAAGAAGCCCAGCCAGGAGGAGAAGGACGAGACCCUCAAGGAGAUUGAGGCCAACAUGGAGAAGAUCCGCCCCCGCUUGAACGCUGUCCGUGAGGCUAUUGCCUCUGUCACUGGCAAGUCCGAGUCUGACCCCAGAACUGCUCUCCGCAAGCGUUUGGGCGAGCUCCGCGACAAGCAGGCUGAGAACAAGAAGGGCAAGCAGGUCAAGAUCGAUCAACUCACCACCUUGAACAACUCCUUGAAGAAGAAGAUUGCCGACUUGAAGGCUAUCCAGGACAAGCUCCCCUUCAAGACCCAGGACGCCGUCGAAGCCCAGAUUAACAAGCUGGAGAAGCAGCUCGAGUCUGGAUCGCUCAAGUUGGUCGAGGAGAAGCGUAUUUUAGCCGAGAUCUCGUCCUUGAAGAAGGCCAAGAAGUCUGUUGACGCCGCCCAAACCCAGCAGGUCGCCAUUGAUGAAGACAAGGCCGCCAUCGCUGCUCUCAAGGAGACCAUCGACGAUCAGACCGCCAAGGCCUUGAGCGCUGAGUACGAACAGAUCCAGGCUCAGUUGGACGAGAUCACAAAGUCCAAGGAUGAAGUCUGGAAGAAGCGCAACGACCUCUUUGAUGAGCGCACCCGCCUCCAGAAGGAGCUCGAUACCGAGUACCAGCGCAAGAAGGCUAUCAACGACGAGUACUUCAACGCCCUUCGCGAGUUCAGCAAGCACCAGCAGGAGAUGCAGGUUCGCAAGCGCGAGGAGUACCAGGCCAAGAAGCAGCAGGAGUUGGAGGAGAAGCGCUUGGCUGUUGCCAAGGAGGAGCGUGAGCUCGCCGAGAUCCCCGCCUUCACCAACGAGAUCGUCACCUGCGACAGCGUCUACAAGUACUUGCUCCAGUUCAGCACUGACGAGAAGCGCAUUGCUGAUGCUGCCACCGUUGCCCCCGUUGAUACCCCUGCCGCCAACGUUCGCCAGGUCGAUACCACCGCCAACGUCCCCUCCGGUGUCAUGCUUGCCAAGAAGGCCGACAAGGUCGAGGAGGUCUUCUUCGCUGGAAAAUCCAAGAAGAGCAGGGGCCCCAAGGAGAAGAAGGCCGAGGGUAACUCCUUCAAGCUUCCCCUUGCCGUUCUCGAGCAGCUGUUCGAGCUCAAGGUUGUUGUCCCCACUUCGCCUGCUGACCUCGAAAAGACCUUGGAUGCUUUGGUCGCGAAGAGGGAUGGCUUCAAGGCCAACCAGGAGAAGGCCACCGCUGAGAACAAGCGCAAGGCCGAGGAGCGCAUUGCCAAGUUGACCAUCUCCGAGUCUGGGGAGGUCACCGAGGCUGCCCCCGAGAAGGCCACUGAGGUUGAGGCCACUGCUUAUCUUUCGCCGGACACACCGAUCAGCAAGCGUAGAGUUUUCAUCUGGGCACCCAGUUUUAACUGUGUGUGCGGCGAACCUGUGAUCCAACUCACGAAUGGCGCACCCACAACCAAAGCACUUGCAACAAGCGCAACAAAGACUGAAACAGGUAUUGACAUUAAGAAGCACCACGUUCGCAACAAGAACCGUCAGGCUCCCAAGUCCGAGGAUGUCUACUUGUUGUUGCUCGUCAAGCUCUACAGAUUCCUUGCCCGCCGCACGGACUCUUCCUUCAACAAGGUCGUCUUGAAGCGCCUCUUUAUGUCGCGCGUCAACCGCCCUCCCAUGUCGGUCUCCCGUGUUGCCCGCAACAUGAUCGGUAAGGAUGGCAAGACCGCCGUCAUUGUCGGAACCGUCACUGACGACAACCGCUUCCUCGAGGUCCCCAAGUUGUCGAUUGCUUGCUUGCGCAUCACCAAGUCCGCCAAGGCUCGCGUCUUGAAGGCCGGCGGUGAGGUCAUCACCUUUGACCAGUUGGCUCUCCGUGCCCCCACCGGUGCCAACACCAUCCUCCUCCGCGGUAAGAAGAACACCCGUGAGGCCGUCAAGCACUUCGGCAUGGGCCCCGGCAAGCACGCCAAGCCCUAUGUCCAGAGCAAGGGUCGCAAGUUCGAGAAGGCCCGUGGUCGUCGUGCCUCCCGCGGCUUCAAGGUUUAA